AUGGAGGACUCCGGGGUGCACAGAGGGCUAUGGGACGGAGACGCCAGAGCUGUCCAGCAGUGUCUGACGGACAUUUUCACCAGCGUUUACACCACUUGCGACAUCCCAGAGAACGCCAUCUUCGGCCCUUGCGUGCUCAGCCAUACCUCGCUCUAUGACAGCAUCGCUUUCGUCGCGCUCAAGUCCACGGACAAGAGAACCGUUCCCUAUAUAUUCCGGGUGGACACCUCCGCCGCCAACGGCUCCUCCGAAGGCUUAAUGUGGCUGCGCCUGGUCCAGUCGGCUAGAGACCAAGAGGAACAAAACCUGGAAGCCUACAUCAAAAACGGACAGUUGUUCUACCGCUCCCUGCGAAGGAUUGCCAAAGACGAGGAGCUGCUGGUCUGGUACGGGAAAGAGCUGACCGAGUUACUCCUGCUGAGCACGGCCAGGGCCCACAGCAAAAUGAACGGUUCGCCCCCUUACAGUUGCCUCGAGUGCAGCCAACGCUUCCAGUUCGAAUUCCCCUAUGUGGCCCACCUGCGGUUCCGUUGCCCCAAACGACUGCCCGGCGCAGACAACAGCCCCGCCGACGAAUCCAGCACCAAGGACAGCAGCAGCGCCAAGGACCCGGAAGACGCUGUGGUGCCGGGAGCCACCAAAUUCCACAGCAAGCCCAGCGGGGCCCAGCCGCAGAUCCAGCGCCACCACUACCACGGCGCUCAGGACAGCAAAGGCGGCGGCAACAACGGAACCGUGAGCAAGCCUUCGACGGACUUCCACAACCUGGCGCGAGAAUUGGAAAACUCGCGACCGAGCAGCGGCUCUCCCAACCGCCGGGAGCAGCUGGAGGGCAGCCCGGACGCCAGUCAGAGCCAGGGCAGCCGAGCUAAAAGGAAAUACCCGGCCGACGAGCAGCUGCCCGAGGAGCGGGGAGCGGCGGCCGCCAGGGGUCGCCUGGAGCGGCCGACCCCUUCUUCGCCGAAAGAGGAGCUGGUGUGUACCCCGCAGCAGCAGUACAGGCCUGCGGGCAGCUAUUUCGGCUUGGAGGAGGGCGGCCGCCUGUUCGGACCUCCCAGCCCGGAGACUGGGGACGCCAAGCGGAGCGCCUUCGUGGAGGUGAAGAAAGCCUCUCGGGGGCUGGACGCGGGCGAGGAGGAGAAAGAGCGCGGCUCUCCGGGCAGCGCGCAAGCAGGCUGCGGCGCGGCGGCGGACAAGCAGCCCCAGCACCUCCUGGGCGCGCGCUCCGGAGGCAGCGCCUUCUCGACGGUGCCCUCCUCGCAGCCUUCCAGCGUGGGAAACCCCGAGGAGAGGAAAAGCGCCUUCUCCCAGCCGGCCCGCUCCACUUUCGCCUCCUCCUCGGCGGCCUCCUCCUCGACGGCGCACGUGACGCAGCUCGUGCUGGGCCAGAAGCUGAGCGCGCUGGUGGAGGCCGGGUGCCACGCAGGCGCCGACGGGGCUGCGCGCCUUUACGCGCCGGACCCGCUGACUGUCAAGCUGCCGAGCGCGCCCGGGGAGCCCGGCGGCGGCGGAGGAGCCGGGGCCGGAGUUGGGGGCGGGGGCGCCGCGGCCGGAGGUGGGCUGCCCAAGCAAAGCCCCUUCCUCUACGCCACCACCUUCUGGCCGAAGAGCUCGGCGGCGGCCGUGGCGGCGGCGGGGCCCCUUCAGCUGCAACUGCCCUCGGCUCUGACGCUGCUGCCGCCCUCCUUCACGUCGCUCUGCCUGCCGGCGCAGAACUGGUGCGCCAAGUGCAACGCCUCCUUUCGCAUGACCUCUGACCUGGUCUACCACAUGCGCUCCCACCACAAAAAGGAGUACUCCCUCGAGCCCCUGGUCAAGAGGCGGCGCGAGGAGAAGCUCAAGUGCCCCAUAUGCAACGAGUCCUUCCGGGAGCGCCACCACCUCUCCAGGCACAUGACUUCCCACAACUGA